UACCUCUACAGUUUGUUAUUAAAACAAAAUAAGCAAGGGAAUCUAGGGUGCUAGGGAUACGUGUUUCGGCUUCCGCGUGUAAAUUAUUUUUGUUAGAGCAAGUGUUGGACCACAAACUUGGUAAACAAAUGGGUACCAUGGAUAGCGCAAUUGCGCCUAUUGCCAAUAUAAAGUUUGAUAUCGAAGUUGCUUUAGAGCAACAGCUUGGAGCCCAAAAUUUACCAUUUCCUGGGAUGGACAAAUCAACUGCAAUGGUGUGUACCCUUUUCACUAAAGGUCAAUGCCAAAGAGGGAGUUUUUGUCCAUACAGACACCUAAGAGCAGAUAGGACAAUUGUGUGCAAGCAUUGGCUACGUGGUUUGUGCAAAAAGGGAGAUCAAUGUGAAUUUCUCCAUGAAUUUGACAUGGCUAAGAUGCCUGAAUGCUAUUUUUAUGCAAGAUUCAGUGCUUGCCAUAACAAAGAAUGCCCUUUUCUGCAUAUUGACCCAGAAACAAAGAUCAAAGAUUGCCCAUGGUAUGACAGAGGUUUCUGUCGCCAUGGCCCAACGUGCCGCCACCGUCACGUUCGACGUGUACUAUGCAUGAACUACACUGCGGGAUUCUGUCCCGAUGGCCCCGAGUGCAAAUUUGUCCACCCGAGAUUCGAAUUACCUCCUUUACCCGACGACAUUAAGGGUGACAAGAGGAAGAUGCCUCUGGUUUGUCAUUUCUGUGGAGAAGUGGGACACAAAGCUGCACAAUGUCCAAAAAUUCCAUCGGAAUCCAAGGAUAUCUAUCGUACUCCAGCAGAUGCCUCUACGCACGCUAGUAAUGCUUCUCAAGCCCAAAGAGAUCGGACUAAUUUAAGACCCUUGGAUGAAGUCACUUGCUACAGAUGUGGGCUUCGCGGACACUACGCAAAUAGAUGUAACAAAGGACACUUGGCUUUCCUGAGUAAUCAGCCAACAGAGGAAAGAAGUUAACAUAGGAUUACAAUUCAUUUCCAACACUGUCUGUUCAUUCAAUAAAUACAAUUUCGAAAUCUCUAAAAAGAAAAAAAAAGCAGAAAAAAAAUUAUAAGGGAAGUCACAACACUAAUAAAUGAUUUUAGUAAUAA